AUGGCACUAUUAACUGGUUUGAUACUUCUUACAUGCACAAUCUUUGCCACUGAGGGCAGUGGAAGAAAUGGCAGUGGCAAUAGCAAUGAUGUUUCGACUUGCAGUUAUGACUUAGUUUUACGAGGAUGCAACCUUGGACAGAACCCUACAGAUGCUCCUCAGUCCAACAUAGAUGACCAUAGUGCCAGGCUAUCUGUAACAGAGAGGCUUAUCAACCAAAUGUUACAGAGAACCAAUAGCUCUGUUCCAAGGCAUCUUCUACAAAAGAUUAUUCAGUCUCAUUUAUCUUCUUCUGUAGAGAGAAAAUUGACCAAAAUGAUGGAGAGUUUUCAACACAAAGUAACCCGAAUGCUUAGAAAAAUGGAGUCACGCACAUGCUGUGGAAAUGUGCCAGAGAACGCAAGUAACUCCACUGGUGAGAGAAGUAUCAAAACCAGUCAAAAUACAGGGGUCUGCCCACAAGGUUUUGAAGGUUUUGAAAAUUGGGUCUCCUGCUACAAGUUCUCCACGUUUAACACCACUUGGGCUAAAGCCAUGGAAUAUUGUUCUGCUAUGGGUGGCUCCUUGGUCAAAAUCUGCACCACCAGAGAACACUUCAUUCUCAGCUUUCUGCUGAACAAUAACCAAGAAUUUGGUCAUGUUAACAGCUGGUGGACCAGUGGCCACUACUUUGUUGGCAUUAAGGAAUGGGCCUGGGCCAAAAUGGUCAAGUAUGAAACCUUCCGUUUCACAAACUGGCCCAAUGGGGCCCCAAUGCCCCGAGAAGAAAGCUGUAUGUACCUAGAUAAGACCAACGACUACCAAUGGGGGAGUGCCCACUGCCAUGAGCGAAAAAAUUUCAUCUGUGAGGUGCCAUCUAAAAUCUGGCUGAACACCUAA